AUGGCCGCCACCUUGCUGCAGACUGCCGGCUUCGUCCUGGGCCUGCUGGGGGUGGCCGCCCUCAUCGCCGCUACGGGCAUGAACAACUGGAGCAGCCAGGACCGCCAAGGCGACGUGGUCACCUCCGUGUACACGUACAAGGGGCUGUGGCAGACCUGCGAGGUGGGAACCUCGGGCUUCACCGAGUGCCGGCCCUUCUACACCAUCAUCGGCCUGCCAGCCACCUUCCAGGCGGUGAGAGCCCUGAUGAUAGUGGGCAUCGUUCUGGGGGCCAUCGGUGUGCUGAUCUCCAUAUGCUCCCUCAAGUGCAUCAAGAUGGGCUCUACGGAGGAUGGCGUCAAGGCCAACAUGACCCUCACGGCCGGGGUUAUGCUCAUUGUCGCAGGAAUAUGUGGCAUUGCUGGGGCAUCAGUCUAUGCCAAUCAGAUUGUGUCCAGUUACAUGACAACCACAUACACCAGUCAGACGGGAGGACUCAAUCAGAUGGGCGGGUUCAACGGCAUGGGCGCCAUUGGCGGAAAUCUCACCCCCACCUACACGUUUGGACCCGCCCUUUUCAUAGCAUGGGUGGGCGGGGCUGUGCUGUUAAUAGGCGGAGGGUUGAAGUGCGUCGCCUUCAAAGGGCUGAGGCCGGAGAAGUCACACUACAAUGCUACCUACAAGGCUGCGAUCCAGAAGCAGCCCGUCUACGACGAGUCCCGCACAGAAGACGGCAGGCGGGACAAGCAAUAUGUAUAAGUCCUGUCCACACAAGGACGGACACAUUUACACCUAAAGCCUGGAUUGUCCCACAGAGUUCUGU